CUCAGACAAAGACAACAUUAGCUCAUUUCACAGAUGUUUCUUGGUGGCACUGGUUUCACCCGAUGCGGGGAAUCUUUAGAUCUGCGAACCAUCGGAACCGGAAGUUCCUUUGUUUGAGCAACUUGGAGAAAAAGACGAGAAAACAGAAGGAAUAGAAGAUAGAGAGAGAAAGAGAGCGGACUGCCUUAUCUUGGUGAAAGCCAAGGAACAAAGAUGGAGGUUCUGGAAUUGGUACAUAUCUGCAUUAAACAGGAGAUGCCUGAACUGGAAUCUGUCCACAUUAAAGAAGAGGAGACUGAACUGGAGUCUGUCCACAUUAAGGAAGAAGAGACUGAACUGGAGUCUGUCCACAUUAAAGAAGAGGAGACUGAACUGGAGCCUGUCCACAUUGAAGAAGAGGAGACUGAACUGGAGCCUGUCCACUUUAAAGAAGAGACUGUACUGGAGUCUGUCCACAUUAAAGAAGAGACUGAACUGGAGUCUGUCCACAUUAAAGAAGAGGAGACUGAACUGGAGCCUGUCCACAUUAAGGAAGAAGAGACUGAACUGGAGUCUGUCCACAUUAAAGAAGAAGAGACUGAACUGCAGUCUGUACACAUUAAAGAAGAGUCUAUUGACUUGUUUAAGGAUUCAGAAAACCUAUCCCGACCAAAGAUAUCACGUCGCUGUACUGAAUGUGGUAAGAGCUUCAGUCGGUUAGGAAGCCUAAAAACACACCAGCGAAUUCACACUGGAGAGAAGCCGCAUCAAUGUACUGAAUGUGGAAAGAGCUUCUGUCAGUUAGGAGACCUAAAAAAACACCAUAAAACUCACACUGGAGAGAAGCCAUAUUACUGUACUGAAUGUGGUGAGAGAUUCAGUGAGUCAGGAAACCUAAAUAGACACCAGAGAAUUCACACUGGAGAGAAGCCGUAUCACUGUUCUGAAUGUAGGGAGAGCUUCAGUCGCUUAGAAAACCUAAAAACACACAAGCGAAUUCAUACUGGAGAGAAGCAGUAUCACUGUACUGAGUGUGGGGAGAGUUUCAGACAAUCAGAUACCCUAAAAAAACACCAGCGAAUUCACACUGGAGUGAAGCCAUAUCACUGUACUGAAUGUGGGAGGAGCUUCACAGAAUUGGGACACCUAAAAACACACCAACGAAUUCACACUGGAGAGAAACCGUAUCACUGUAAUGAAUGUGGGAGGAGCUUCAUUGAAUCGGGACACCUAAAAACACACCAACGAAUUCACACUGGAGAGAAGCCGUAUCACUGUACAGAAUGUGGGAGGAGCUUCAUUGAAUCGGGACACCUAAAAAGACACCAGCGAAUACACACUGGAGAGAAGCCAUAUCACUGUACUGAAUGUUGGAAGAGCUUCAGACAGUCGGACACCCUAAAAAAACAUCAGCGAAUUCACACUGGAGAGAAGCCAUAUCACUGUACUGAAUGUUGGAAGAGCUUUAGACAGUCAGACAUCCUAAAAAGACACCAGCGAAUGCACACUGGAGAGAGGCCGUAUCACUGUAUAGAAUGUGGGAGGAGCUUUAUUGAAUCAGGACACCUAAAAAAACAUCAGCGAAUUCACACUGGGGAGAAGCCAUAUCACUGUCAUGAAUGUGGGAGGAGCUUCAUUGAAUCGGGACACCUAAAAACACACCAACGAAUUCACACUGGAGCCAGCCUCCCACCCUCCCAGUCCCUCACCUCUCCACCCUACUUGUUUGAAUGUGUGGAGAACUGACUUAUUCCUUGUCUCUCUCUCUCUCUCACAUCCUGCAGUAAAUGAGGGAGGGGGAACAGGAGUGAGAGGCAGCCUGAAUCCAGAGAAACUGAGAAGGGGAGCAUGUCAAACUGAAGGAGACAGACUAAUUCUUUCAGAAUGAACUGGAGAGCCCUGGGAUUCAGCUCCACUCCUGCCCCUGAAUUGGAAAUGAAUCUCACUCAUGCUGUGAGGAUUUAGGACAGAGUUACAGGGUCAUGCUAGUUAAAAGGGACACAUUAGAAAUAUAUGCCUUAUAUGUGUGAUAUGAACCCAACAUAUUAAACAAAGCUGCCAAUAACAUAUAUUAUAUUUUUAAAAUACAAUUUGAGCUAUAAAUGGCAUUGCUGUCCCAGUGUCGGUGCGUACAGUAAACGAUACAGAAGUGAAUUGUUUAAAAGCACCCAAAAACUAAGAAUAUCUUUAUGGGUGUUGCAGCAAUGUGUGCUUUAUCUUACUAGAAUGGCCUCUAAGCUAUUGCACCAGUGCAAACAUAAACUGAAACAACCUUGUGUUUUUUAAUUAUGUGUUUUAUUUCAAGUGGUGCACAUUUUGCAUUGGAGCAAAUGUGGUUUUGGUUUUGAAUGAAUUUAAAUGAAUGGACCUGCUUUGCUGAGUGUUUAAAUACUGAGAGACUCCAAGCUUGUUGUCUGCUGGAGCCCUACUUCAGUGCAAUGGGAUUGCAAUUCCUAUGUUUUUUUAUUGGGUAGAUUGCUGUAUGUCCAAUUAUUAUGACAGACCCACAAUAGUAGAGCUGUAAAAAUAUACUGUAAAACGGAAAAGGUUCAAGCAAACAAGUUAAACAUCUGCAAAACAUACAUGCUGCACAUUACCAUUAUUAAUACAUGCAGAGUUUAUACAGUUUAUGAAUAAUUGAUCUAAACAAUCUGCAGAAUGAAGUUGCCUUAGUAACAGAGCUGGUGCUUUUGUGGAAUCACCAUUAGUGUGAAUUCAUUUUGGGCAAAAUAUGGCUUGUUUGCUUGUAUUUUGUAUCAGUAUGCUGUCAUUAGAGUGACAAUACAGUACAUCCUAAGCCAAGCUUUGCUAUUUAGAAAGGAUUUCAUUCACAUUGAGUUUGAGUUCCUGUACAUUUUCCAGUAUCUCUAUGUAUAUAAAGGGUGUGUGAGAAAUUUGUAGUUGUAAUUGAAUGUACUUUGUAAAAUGACAUUUCAAAUCUUAAACUAUUAGACUUCAGAUGGUGUGAUGUUAAUUAAGUUUGUCUUCCCCCUUCCUUCCUUCCCCCUUAACAUUCUCUAGCCCUUUGCGGUCCAUUUAUUCAGCGCGUCUCAGGCACGUCCGGUCCAAUUUAUUUUAAACGCGCUGUUUAUUUUCCCCGCACUGUUUAAAAGUAUUUUUUUCACAGUAAAACAGGUUUAAAAGGCACUGCAUAUCAACAGGACACUCAGUAUUGCAUAUCCAGCCCCGCCCCACCCCGUUUUUCACAUACCUCUUCAUAGUAGUGCAUACCGAUAAAUCAUCUCCUGAUCACUCGUUUUUAUCACCAAACUCCUCAAUAAUGUGAUCCAAGUAAUUUUAUUAUAAUAACAUCUCAAAAAGCUCUGCAAAUGUCUGUGAUAUUCUUUGAGCGCUGGAUGCAGAAGCAGCUAUCCUUGUUUGUCAGUGUUAUCUCUGUGGUGCAGGGGCUAUUUGUAUUGCUCAGAUCUGUCCCCUUUUUUUCCCGGUUCCUAUCGGUCUCACUAGGCCAUUGAAAGAUUUUCUCUGCUUUUUCCGGAGAAAAAAUGACUAGAGACCUGUGCUUGACAUCUUUUUGAUGACCGGAAAGGGAAAAUUGUAAUGUCGGACCUGGUCCGACAUAAGACCGCAAAGGGCUAGAUCUACUUCAAAGGACUAGAUAUUAGUAAAGGAGGGUAGUAAAGAUUUCAGUUGGUGAACAGUUUAGAUUACCUGUUGUGCUGAGCUCCGUGAAGUUGCCCCACCUACAAACGUUGAGUCGUAUAUCAUUUGUUGUGCCGUUAAAACAAAAGUUUGUGCCGCUAUAGUUUUUAGAUAUUAACAAUAUUUUUUUAGGGGAGUGACGUCACUCAGCCCCCCUUCAAUAAUGGAGUUGAACCAAGCUUGUCUCAUUUGUUUGUGCUAUGUUUGUGUUGGUCACUGCUGUAAAAUGAAUGUUAGUGCUGUUUUCCUUCAAGAUUUAUUCAUGAUUCUGUAUAGGGUUUGUUGUAUCUUAAAAUAAAAUAAACUUGAUUAUACUGAGUUUGUAUUUUUAGCAGUAUUAGCAAUAAAAAGUAAGUCUGUGAGCGUACGUGAUUUUUUUUUUUGAUCCCACGAUAUUUGCGAUGUGGAAAUUAUCCAUGUCAUAUCAAAAUAUCGAUAUUGGUGCCCACCCCUAGUUUAAACCAAAUAUGGGUCAUUCGUUUAUGUUGCUUACACAAGUCAGUACUAUCAAAAUAAAUAUGAAUAGCAAUGGAAGAAAGUCCAGUCUUUAUUUCAUCACUAGCAUAGCUUUAUUCUUGGGGGGUUUUUGUGCAUCUCAAAAUGUUCAAGUUCUACUUACUAUAUUCAGUCCUCUUGCCUUAAGUGUAUGUAUAUUAUGAGCACUGAUAUACUGUGAAAAACCCCAAUAUGUACAAUUACUUCCCUAGUGCUGUUCACACCCCCCUUCCCAAUAUGCACUGUCUUAAAGGAAUACUCUGGUAACACAGCACUGACCAGCUGACCUAGUGCUAACGAAUGGUAUUAUUAUUAUUAUUAUUAUUAUUAUUAUUAUUAUUAACAGUAUGUACAAAACAAUAAUUACAUUUACACAGGAUAUCAUGGGUUAUCGUUUGAAAAAUGUCCAUCUCUGUCACCGAAUGAAUAGUCCCACCCGCCAGAAUAAUACACAGUCCUGUGAAAUACAGCCCCCGACGCAUUCCUUAUGAAAUGUUCCUCUAUUAUUAUACUGAUUCAUUAUUAGCCUUUAUAUGGUCUUACUAAAUACUAUAGAUAACUAAAAGAAACAGGUGUGAUAACAUCCAUCAUCUUAUCAUUGUAACACAAAGAAGACUGUUGAAGAUGAAAUAUGUCCAUUGUUUCCAUGAUUUUCUGACUGCUUUAUGUCCUGGAUGUCUUAGCCUGCUGUGCCUCAGAUGUCUCAAUGCUUUUAAACAACACUAAAGUGGAAACAAUUUUAAAGACAAUUAAAGACAGUAAGUUUACCUUUGGUAUUAUAGUAAAUAAACAAGAUGUGGAGUAGUGGUUAGGGCUCUGGACUCUUGACCGGAGGGUUGUGGGUUCAAUCCCAGGUGGGGGACACUGCUGCUGUACCCUUGAGCAAGGUACUUUAUCUAGAUUGCUCCAGUAAAAACCCAACUGUAUAAAUGGGUAAUUGUAUGUAAAAAUAAUGUGAUAUCUUGUAACAAUUGUACGUCUCCCUGGAUAAGGGCGUCUGCUAAGAAAUACAUA